UGACGCUGACGACAAAUGACACGUACUCCCUGGGUGCCCUGGUGCUGGCCCACUCCCUGAAGCGGGCCGGGACCCACCAGCUGGCCGUGCUGGUGACGCCCACCGUGUCGGAGGCGAUGCGCGACAGACUUAAGGACGUGUACAAUGUUGUACAAGAGGUGAAUGUGCUGGACUCACAGGAUGCGGCGAACUUGGCCCUGCUCUCCCGCCCGGAACUGGGCGUGACGUUCACAAAACUGCACUGCUGGCGUCUGGUGCAGUUCGAGAAGUGUGUCUUCCUCGAUGCAGAUACCUUGGUAAGAUCCUCUUCGCUGAAGGUCCUGCAAAAUGUCGAUGAGCUCUUCGAGCGCGAGGAACUCUCGGCUGCUCCGGAUGUCAGCUGGCCCGAUUGCUUCAACUCCAGCGUGUUCGUGUUCAGACCCAGCCUGGAUACCUUCGGCAAGAUCACAGAGUUCGCCAUAAAGAACGGCAGCUUCGACGGCGGUGACCAGGGCCUGCUGAAUCAGUUCAUCGCGGACUGGGCGACGGCGGACAUCAAGAAGCAUUUGCCAUUCGUCUACAAUGUGAUGGCCUAUGCCUCCUACUGCUAUCUGCCCGCCUUCAAACAGUUCAGAGAUAAGAUUAAGAUUUUGCAUUUCGCCGGCAAGCUGAAGCACUGGCUGAUCCAGUUCAACUCUGAGACGAAGACGGCCGCCGUGUCCUCGAACUAUGCCCACGCCCAGGACCUUAUCCAGCUCUGGUGGAACAUCUUCUGUGAUACUGUGAUGCAGUCCCUGUCCAGCGUAAUGACAACGGAACUAUAA